UGCUUUCAGACUCAGUUGACAUAUUGCUCAGUUUUGCAGAAAGGAAUCCAGAGAAACCAAGACGUGAUCUUUUUGCUCAGCCUUAUCUUUUCACAGGAAAGGUUACUUAUGACGCAGAGGGGGAAAUAAUUUGCUCAAGGUUGCUCAGAUAGCAAGUAGCGGACUGGAGAGGAAGAACCCGGGUCCCCAGACACCCGAUCCUGCCUCCUUUCUGACUCUGCCUCUCCCUCCACAGGCAGCAUCCCUGAGGGAACAUACGGGUUUGCCAGGGGGAGUUGGCAGUGCCUGGCCUUAACGCUGGGAGUUGCAGAGUUAAUCUCUCCUCCAACCCACCCCCCCCUGCUCCCCAGAUCGCAGAGAGGCCACCCAGGCAACCGGAUGCAGAAGAGCGUUUCCUGUUUCCAGCUCGUUAUCCUGAUAGCAGCAUCAGCCAGCGGGUCUUGCUUGGGGCUGUCUUUGCAGGUACUCCAUCCCCCGCCUGGGGCUCAGAAUCAGAGGACUCUCUGUCUUCUGCCUCCUCACACACACCUCCCUCCUGCGGCAAAUUGCAUCAGGAGCUGAAGCCAGAUCCUCGGACUCCUGAGGUGGCGCAUGGCCCUCUGUUUCUGAUGAUGUUAGCAUUUGAGGAUGUAGCGGGGUACCACUACCGGAAGGAAUGGAAACAACAGAUGGCUAUUUAAAGAGACCUCUACAGGGAUGUUAUGCAGGAGCAUUAGUAAAACCUGCAGUGUUUGGGUGAGGUGGUGGCUUUCUCUGAUAUCUCUCUUUCCAAACCAGACUUCAUCACUCAAAUGGAGAAAGGGGAAGAAACAUGGAAUUGGGAAGUUGCCACAAAAACAAAAGAUCCCAAGGGACUCCCCAGCUGGAACAGAACUUGGGAGACCAGCUGAAGACUUGGGAAAAAUGAGAAGGGUUAUCAGCUGAAAUGUCUCAUGUAUGAGUACUCUCAAGGAAUGUGCACAGAAAGGUCCCAAGAGGUGAAGAAAGUUCCUGGAUUAUUGGAAGAGCCCAUGUGAGUUAGUGCACUUCAGAAAAGCAGCAGAGAAAAGUCUCAGGGAGUAGGUAGAAAAAAAUCUCCCCCCAAGAUAAGGGAUCUGGGAAACCUUGUUGUAAUCAACCCUAAAACUAAGGCCAAGUUUUGAGAAAGUCAAUAUCUUUAGUGAAUGUGAGAAAAGCUUCAGUCUGAGCAUUCCAGUCUUUAAAAGUACCCAAAAAUCCAUUCAAGGGAGAAUGCUUCAAGUGUGUGGAUUGUGGGAAAGUGUUCACUUACAACUAUUUGUACAUUAGAAUCCAUACCAAGAGAGGGGGGAAAAAAACACCCUGAAACCUAUAAAAGCCCUGAAAGUGGGAAAACCUUUAGUGAGAACUCCAACAUAAAAAAAAAAAAAAACCCAAGGAGGAGAGAAAUCCUACUUUCUUUCUAUCUUGUACUGAGAGUAGAGAUAGGUUCAAUGUGAAAUCAUCCCUCAUUAUCCACCAGAGAAUCCACACAGGAGAGAUACCCUGUAAAUGCCCCCAGUGUGGGAAAAGCUUUACUCACCAUACUACACCCAUUAAACAUCAAAGGACCCACACUGGAGAAAAACCACAUACAAUCAGUUCUGCUACAACUCUUGUUUUGAAAAUGGGAAUCUGCUCCAAUAUGAUUGCUAUAUUAGGCAACAAUAUGAGCAUAGUACUAAUUUUGGUUUGCUUAUGCACAAUUUCAUCCACAAGAAACAGCUAGAAUGAAGAAAACUGUACCCAAUUGAACCGAGCCUCGAGGAAUACACAAAACAUUCACACUUUAAAUACCUACCAGCUACUUCACUUCACCAUCUGUCAUCUUAGAAGGUUGUUUUAUUAUUUUUUGUGUGCGAACUUUUCUAUAUUAAAAAAAAAAAACACUCAUUCCACAUCCCAAACAUGUCUAAGCGUCCGGGUUCCAAAAUCCCAAACAAUGGUGGCAAAAGGAAAACUUUCAGUAUCGAGGAGAAGCUUGAGAUAAUAAAGCGAUUUGAAAGAAAUGAGAGAACAUGUGAUAUAGCCAGAGCCACAGGCAUAAAGGAGUCUACCUUGAGGGCCAUCAGAGACAACGCGGUAAGAAUAAAAGAAACGUCUAUGACGGGAGUGACUACAAUUUCUGCCAAGUCAGUAAGAAUAAGACCUAAAGAAAUAGCAGAAAUGGAAAGACUGUUGAGUAUAUGGAUCGAAGGGAAAAAAUCGAGAACAACCUUUCUCACGAUCAAAGGAAAAGCCCUUUCUAUCUACGCAGAUCUAAAGCGGAAAGCAGCAAAUCCUGCAGAAGUGGCGCCUUUCCGGGCUAGUUGUGGCUGGUUUAGUGGUUUCAAACACCGCUACAAUGUCCAAAAUCUUCAACUGUCUGGCGAAGCCGCCAGUGCAGAGCAUAAGGCCGCCAAGAAAUUUCCAGCCGUGAUACAGAAAUUAAUUAAAGAAGAAGGCUAUACAUUGGAUCAAAUUUUCAAUUUCGAUGAAACAAUUAUCUAUUAUAAACGCCUGCCUCGAAGGACCUGCAUCUCCAAGGCGGAGAAGCACGCCCCAGGAUAUAAGUCUUCAAAAGAUCGCUUAACCGUGCUGUUCGGGGCUAAUGCCAGUGGAGACUUGAAGCUAAAGCCAGUAGUGGUUUAUCGCUCUGACAAUCCACGAGCCUUGAAAGGCAUUGUUAAAGCCAGCCUUGGUGUCCAUUACAGGUAUAGCAAGAAAGGAAGGAUGACCGCCCAGAUCUGCAUUGAUAUCUUUGCGGAAUUCUUCCCUAUUAUUGAGUAUUAUUGCAAGAAAAAGAACUUGGCUUUUAAAAUUCUAAUAAUCAUCGAUAAUGCCCCAAGCCAUCCCCCGACCAUAGCGGAGCUCAACCCCAAAGUCAAAUUCGUCUUUUUGCCUCAAGAAACCACCUCUCUGAUCCAGCCCCUCAAUCUGGGGGCCAUGGCCCUGUUUAAGGCUUACUAUCUAAGGAGGGCAUUGAAGAUGCUGAUUGCAGCUACUGGAGGCGAGAAUGUGGAAAUUGCUCUGGAAUUUUGGAAGCGAUUUAACAUCAAAAUGGCCAUCGAUAUCAUCGUGGAAGCCUGGAAUGAUGUGACCCAAGAGUGCCUGCAUCGCGUGUGGAAGAAAAUGCUCCCUAACUUGAUUCAGGAUUUUGAAGGAGUUGAGCCUGCAGAGCAGUUUAAAAAAAUCAAAGCAAACUGUGUUGAUCUGGCAAAACAAGUUGGAUUCGAGGUGGAAGACAAAGAUAUAGACGAGCUUUUAGAGCCUCACUCUAACGACCUAACUACCGAAGAUUUGCAGCAACUGGCUGAUGACCAAGCGGAGGCGGAAGAUGAAGAAGAUGAUGACGACGAUAAUGAAAGCCAGAAGGCUACCCCGCGACAGCUUGACACAUCACAGUUAUUGGGGGUUUUAAGUGUUAUUGAAAAGCAAUUGCAGUGGCUCGAGGAUAAUGAUUAUAACGCCGAACGGAGCAGAAUAGUCGUGCAUGGCAUCCGCACCAAUUUGGAACCAUACAGGCAGCUUCUUUAUGAAAGGAGGAGGCUAGCCAAACAGCAGAAACUGGACAUCUAUUUUAAGCUAAUACGGAAGAAACACCUAGAGGACCGGGAGCCAUACCCAUCCACAUCUGGUGUUACCACUUCCAGUCCAGUUUCAGAGAAAUCUUCUUCUACCACCUCACAAUAACUCACAAAGCACAACCCUUCCAAAACCCCCUUCUGCAGGAAAACUUUAGAUCUUCGUCAAGGUAAAGUGCCAUAUUUCUCAUAUACCUUCCGAUGUGAAACUGUGGGCCGAGAAGGACUAGUCCAAAUCCAUACACUCUAUCUACUCUAGAUCCUAUGGGAAAGAAGGGAAGGGCUCAGCAGUAACCCAACGCUUGGACUGCAUCAUUAUCUAUUGUAGCAUUUAAGUAUUUCUUAAAAACCACGCUACCAUUUUUAAUGUUUCUGCCCUUUUUAUAUGUCACUAGUUAAAGCUUCUUAGGGUUCCCCUAUCCCCGUUUCCCCUUAGCUCUGUGACUUUUAUUACACAAUUUUGCAUAGUGUGGUGAUUUUUAGGAAUGCAUAUAGUGUAUUGUAGCAGAACUGACUGUACAUGCCCCGACUGAAAUAAACUUCAUACAUUGGUCAGAUCUCAUCAAACAUCAAAACAUCAGAGAAUUCAUACAGAGUUAAGAAAUCCUAUCAGCAUCCUGGGUGUGAGAAAACAGCCUCAACUCCAACCCCCUGAGGCACCAGAGACUUCAAACAGCUGAGAAAACUGAGAAAGUUCUGAAUAUGGGGAUGGCCUUGGCCAGAGAGUUGAAGUUUGUUGAACACAUCUAGAUACAUAGACUGAAAAGAGUUGGCCAUGGGGCUCUGCCAGCAGAGGUGUAGCUGACAUCUUUAGUGGCAAACAGGCUCCUUUCUGCCUCUCAGACAUGACUAAGAAGCUGUCUGUAUAAACAUGAUUCCAGUGAUCUUACCUGAACUGUGAAAAAUGUCUCCAUCUGAAAGAAACCGCCCUACAGAAGCUCAGCAUGAGCAUCAAUCACAAUCAUCAUUUACAUCAUUGACUCACUUGCCAGAAUCUCCCAGCCUAGUGUUGUCAGGUUUCCCAAUCUAAACACUGAGAUGGGCCGAAUGGAUUCCCUUGUCAAUUUCAAGGAGGUAUUCCAAUGAUUUGAAAUGACCAAAAUGUCUUAAGAAGUCACAAAGACUGAAGUUCGUAAAAGGGGGCACUGAAUUUAAAAAGUAAUGUUCUUGGAUCAUUAUCCUUCUAGAUCUUCUCUCCAAGGGCUCAAGAAUAUGAAGUAUGAGAGCCAGGAAUGAAUCCUUCCACUCUGUUUUUCAGUGAUCAGAACUUUAUCAGAGUAGGUGUGCAAUUUGUAUCCAGAAAUAUAGAGAGAGCCACAUUUUUUAAAAUAGGAAAACUGAAGAGUAUUGAGAGAAGAAUCCAGUGCUAAAAUUUUUUCUUAAAAAUUGAUUCUACAUGGACAAGAGAAAAGAUUCGAGGUUAUCCAACUUUAGGAAGAGAAAGCUAAAGGAAAACAUUAUCCAUCUUUAGGGACAUGAAGGAUUAUGAGAGAACUGAAAGGGAUCUUAGACGUCUACAUGCCUGGAAUGUAUUCCUUCCCUACCUCUACUUCAUAGAAUUCCUUUUUUUUUUUCCUUUAAGACUAAGCUCAAGGACUGUCAAGGCAGCUAGGUGGCACAGUGGAUAGAAGGCUGGACCUGGUUAGGAAGACCCAAGUCUGAAUUUGAAUCCAGCCUCAGAUGCUUACCACCUAUAUGACCCUUCCUUGGCAAGUCUUUUAACCUCUACCUGACUCAGAUUCUUCAUAUGUAAAAUCCCAGUCUCCACAUCAGGAGAUCAUAGCAGCAGCUGCCUCAUAGGAUUGUGAAGAUAAAAUGAAAUUUUGUAAAGUGCUUUUCAAACAUUAAAAUAUUCUAUAAAGUCUAGAUAUUACUAUCUUAUGCAUGAAAAUUUUCUUUAUCCUCCAUCUGAUAGUGCCCUCCUCCCAAAAUACUUUAUAUUUGACUUCUUUACAUAUGUUUGUGUUAUUAAUUUUACAUUUAUGCUGUAUAUAGUCUGUAACUGUUUUCUUCCCCAUUAGAAAGGAAGUUCCUUGAUAUCAAGGGUUGUUUCACUCUUUGAAGUUGUAUUCUCAACAUCUCAUGCAGUGUUUGGUACAUAGUAGGUGCUUAAUAAAUACUUGUUGAUUGAUUAUAGACUUUAACCUCAUUUUACAUAUUCUGUAAGAGAGACCCAGUGUCACCUAGCUAUGAAGUAUUUAAGGACAGAUUUAAACAUGGGUUUUCCUGGCUCCUCAAUCCACUACAAAAUACUGCAUCCAUGAUGGUUAUAACCCCAGGCAUCUAUCCUUGGUCUCCACAAAGCCCUGAAUAAAAGCAAAUGGGCUUCAUCAAUUGGGAAAUGGCUGAACAAGUUAUGGUAUAUGACUGUGAUGGCAUAGUAUUGUGCUAAAAGAUGAGAAAUGGGAUGGUUUUAAGAAAACCUGGGAAGCUUGUAUGAACAGAUGUUAUACAGUAACAAUAAUAUUAUAAAGAUAAAGCUGAAAGACUUAGAAAACUCUGAUCAACACAAAUUGAAAGGAUUCAUGAUAAAAAAAAUGCUAUCCGGUCAAUCAAUCAAAAAACAUUUAGUAAGCACUGACUGUGUACUAGGCACUAUGCCUCUAGAUAAAGAGCUGAUGGAAACAGUGUAGAUUUUCUUUCUGUUUUGGAUAUGGCUAAUGCAGAAAAUUGUUUUGCCUGAUAAAUACAUAUUUGUAAAAGGUUUUGUAUUUCUUGACCUCCUAAUGAGCAAGGAAAGGGAGGUGGUAAUGAGAGAACUUGAAAAAGAAAAUAAAAAUGAAUUUAAAAAGCA